CCGGCGCCGCCCCGCUGCCGUCGGCGGCGCGCGCGACGGCUCCUCCCGGGCGGCGCGGCGAGCGCGCGCCCGCCGCGGGUUACAGCGGCUGCGCCCCGCCGCCGCCGCCGCCGCCAUGGACAGCGACGAGGAGACGCUGGAGGAGACCGUGGAAGGGCAUCUAGAUGAUGAUGGGUUGCCACAUGGAUUCUGUACAGUCACCUAUUCAUCGACAGACAGAUUUGAGGGAAACUUCGUGCAUGGAGAAAAGAAUGGUCGUGGCAAGUUCUUCUUUUUUGACGGAAGCACACUGGAAGGGUACUAUGUUGAUGAUGCCCUGCAAGGCCAGGGAAUCUACACUUAUGAGGAUGGAGUGGUCCUUCAUGGCACAUACGUGGACGGAGAACUGAACGGACCAGCCCAGGAGUAUGACAGUGAUGGGCGGCUGAUAUUUAAAGGGCAGUACAAAGACAACAUUCGGCACGGAGUUUGUUGGAUAUAUUACCCGGAUGGAGGCAGCCUUGUGGGAGAAGUGAAUGAAGAAGGAGAGAUGACUGGAGAGAAGAUAGCUUACGUGUACCCUGACGGAAAAACUGCAUAUUCUGGAAGGUUCAUAGAUGGAGAAAUGAUAGAAGCGAAACUGGCAACUCUGACAUCCGUAGAGGAUGGAAAACCUCAAUUUGAAGUAGUACCAGGCAGCCCAGUAUACAGUUUUGACAAAUCUACUUCAUCCUGCAUUUCUACAAAUGCACUUCUUCCUGAUCCUUACGAGUCAGAGAGGGUGUACGUUGAUGUCUCUCUCAUUUCUAGUGCUGGAGAAGGAUUAUUUUCAAAAAUAGCAGCAGAAGCUCGUACAGUUAUGUCCUUUUACAAUGGAGUGAGAAUUACGCACCAGGAGGUAGACAGCAGAGACUGGGCCCUCAAUGGAAAUACAAUAUCCUUGGAUGACGAAACAGUCAUAGACGUGCCAGAGCCCUACAACCACGCCGCCAAGUACUGUGCCUCGCUGGGGCAUAAGGCCAACCAUUCUUUCACUCCUAACUGCAUCUACGACCCGUUUGUUCAUCCUCGUUUUGGGCCAAUCAAGUGUAUCCGUACCAUCAGGGCUGUGGAGAAGGAUGAAGAAUUGACAGUGGCUUACGGAUAUGAUCACAACCCUGUGGGGCAGAAUGGGCCGGAGGCGCCAGAGUGGUACCAGCUGGAACUGAAAGCUUUCCAGGCUGCCCAGCAAAAGUGAAAUGGAAGCUCCUUCUCAAUUCAGCAAACUGAAAUAGAAACUUGGAUCUAUGCACUACCUUUAUACUGAAAACUGGACAGCCAGGGAUUGUUCAUGCUGUUGCAUCAUAACUUUGCAUUCUGUGUUAAGAGAUAAAUUUCUUGCAUACUAACUAGGUUUGACUGUGUUACUCAUAGCAGAUUUAAAAUUAGCUAGUGUUGCACCAGUCUUAUCUGGAGAAAUUAUUUAAUAUUCUAUACAAGACGUGAUAUUCUUUGGUAGCUUCUGCUUUUGCACCAUAUGCAAAGAUGCCAAAAGACUAGACAGAAAACUAAAAUGGGUAUAUCGUUCACUUUUAGUCGGCAGACUUAGUGUUGCUCUCUAUCUGCCUAGGCAUUAUUGUGCAACUGCAUUUUGCAUAUAUGCCACUUGUGAUGAUAACAGUAAUAUUUUGAUAUUCUCUAAUAGUAGCAUAAUUUUGCCUUUUUAAACCUUUGAUCUGAAUCUUGCAAUAGAGCAAUUUAUUUAUUAGCAUAUAGGAGGCUGGGUUUUUAACUCCCCUUUCCUCUUGUCUGAAUGUUGUUCUUUCUACAAGUCCUCUUUUGCAGGAGAAAAUCCUUUCUAACUAGUGGAAAGGCUUUUGUGUGUAUGUGAGAGUGCUGUGUGUUGGUCUCUGUGGCUCUAGAAACAGUUUUAGCAACAUGUCCAAAACUAAUAUUUAUCUGGCCUUUAUGCCUAGCUUAUUUUAUUUAAUUUAUGGUUAUCACACAAAUCAAGCUUUUCUUUGCAUGAAGAUUUUCUGAAAGUAGAAAACAAAUUCAAAUUUUGAAGGAUUUUCAGAACUGUGUGUUCCAGAGGGCAAAUGCAUCCACUGCAUUAGUGUUCAUGAGUUGGUUUGUGCAUCUCAUCUGUUAAAGUGGCCAGUUCUCAAGGCAAAGAUUCUAGCACUAAAUGCAAGUAUCUCAUGAAUUCACUUAAAGGAAAUGUAUGUAUUUGAGGGCAGGUUGUAAUACUUCGUUAAAGAGAUCUGUAUCUUUUGUAUGUGUUCGAUUGACAAAGAAUAUGGCCUUAUAGCAGCCUUUCUAUUAGUGCUUGUUUAAGACACAGUAAAUUAAUAUAGUAUGAGAUAUCAAACUAAGUUUUAAAAAUAUAGACAUGAAAGGAUUGCUUUUGAAAGACAAACAAUGAAUGUAAAAACAUCACUCGCUGCUCAUUUAGAAAUGGCAGUUAAUCCAUAGCUCUGUUGCAGCCAACAGUGAGGGCUAGUGAAUAUUCAUCUGCAGGGUUGUCUUUUGGGGUUUUUUAUGGGUAGGGGAGUUGUUCAUUAUUUGAAAUACUGUGCCAGACUUGCCUAAUGCUGUAGAAGAGAGAAACACGGUAUCAUUUCAGUCUAGAUACUGGGGCCCUUCUGGGGCUCUGAUGUUCUCUUUUGGGUUAAGCAGCUUAGGAACAAUUCAAAAGCAUUUGCAACAGUUUCUUCAAAUGUUUGUAGUUUAAGAAGUGUUUGUAUAUAUGUAACAUUAAAAAAAUUGAAAAUUAGACCUACCUUUCUAUUGCAACACACUUUGGUUGCUUGCUUGAACAGCUGGAGGUGUCUGGCUCUCUGGGGGGCUAGACUUGAAGAAUGCAUCGGGUUGGUACAUAUAAGUGGAAGGAUGAGGUUGCUAUUUUAUGCAGUCUGAGAAUCCUUGCUUUGGUACGUGUACAAAGUUAUGGAAUUACAAAUAAGGACCUCUCUAAUUUGGGGGUCUGUUUAGUUCCUGCAGCUGAUCACAAAGCUUUUUCAACAUUUCACCAUUUAAGCUUGCACAAAAGCUACUCUGUGUGUGUGUGUGUGUGCGCGCUGUGGAGGCGAGUGGGCUCGGGGCUUUUUGACACUCUCCCAGCAGCGAUCUGAAUGUGAGCUUUGUCAGAGCCCACUUGCUCACUCUGGAGACUCUGGCCAUGGCUCUGCUCCUCAGCAAUGGCAGGCGGCUGACACAGAUGAUACCUCAGUGACUCAGCUUAGUGUGCUGAGAAGCAGAACUGAUCCUCGCACAUGGGGGAGAGUUGUCAAAGGCUGAUUGACAGUACAGCUUCAGCAGAUCAACCUCAAAAAGAAAAAUGCAUGUUUUGAGAUCUUUCCCUACCUGCCCACAGAUGAUUAUUUAGAUUGUCGCUGUUUCCACCAUUUGCAGAAAGGCCUGCCUCGCUGGUAGGAAGCUAUUGUGUUUAUCUUGUGGAUUAUUCUUCCAGGACCAUAAAGCUGGCAAAGCUUAGGCUUGUGUUUAAGUGCGGGGAAGAGGAGAAGGAAAAUGUGUGGUGAAUCCUGCUGUGAAUGGACAGUAACUCCUUCCACAGUCGUGAUAACCCGCUCUGGAGCGCUUGCCUCUUUGCGUCAGCUGGAGAAUCUUGUUUAACAUGCUCUGAUCUGUAGAGUUCCUUCUGCUUCAUUCCUGAUCUGUCUCCGAUUCCUCUGCUGUCUCCUAAUAACGUAGGCUUGCUUAUGUUUUAAUAGGUAUAUCUGUCUUCGCGCUGCCUGAUUUUUGAGAUAAAUAGAAGACAGAUGCUCUUUGCACAUCAGGUUUGAUGGUUGCAUCCUAAAAUAGAGAAAUCCUAGAAAAAAAAGCCCCAAGGUGUCCUCUCUGUGUUUUUAAAAUCCAUUUAUUUGGUGAUAGUCAAGCAGAUUCUCUUGCUCGUGUGUAUGCCUGUGGCCUGAUAGUAUGCCGCAACUGUGGCUCUCUUAGCUCUACUAUCCUCUUUCUCUCUGCUCUGUUAAAAAUCUAUUGAUCCUCCUACAGAUCCUUCUUCAGUGACCAACCUUCUGCAAAAGUUGUGAGUAUAAAGCUGCUUUGGCUUGAAUCAGGACCAAGCCUUUUAAUUCCUUUUCUUUUUUCCUUUGUGGUCUCCUAGACUGGAGAUGUUCAGGAUGGUGUUUACCACUGGAUAUUGAAAGGGCCCAGAACUUAGUGUGUCCUUCAGAUGUUUUCAGAGUAGUGAGCUGGUAAACAGGUUUAGACACGGGCUAGUUAUAUAACUCAGAUUAAUGCCUUAACUUGCUCUACUUACUGCAGCUCAGCUUUUGGGGCUUAGCAAAACUAUUGAUCAAUAGUAAUACUUGAGAUCCACACCAAAACUUUAUUUUAAUUUGGAGCAGACAAAAUAGGCACUUUGCAAAGCAAUCAAUCUGAGUUCAUUGAAUACGGUUGACUAUUUGUGAAUAUGCAAUAAGCAGAGAAGCUCCACUACUCCGAGUCUGGCCAAAGACCUGUCCUAUUGGAACAGCAAUUGGAAGAGGAAGAGCUGAUAGAUACCAGCUGAACCUGGAUCACCAGCUGGCUCUCAGCAUACAUUUUGUGAAUAGGGAACAGCAUAAAAGAAUUUGGAUUUGCUGCUUUUUUCAGGUGGGGGUUGGUUCCCAACUUCCACACAUGGGUUGAAGUUUGCAGGAUCUCAGUACAGACUAGCUUCUGCAACAGGGUUGUUUUCUGAGCUCCUUUAUGAGAAGGAGUAUAAACCAGCCUGUACUAGAGGCUGUUGAUCACCUAUUUUAAAAAAGAUUUUUGAAUGAUCUUCCUGUCAAGGCGGCACUGUGUUUUGUCACUAGAAACACAGAAGCUUACUCUUCUGGAGCAGCAGGCAGUCUUGGAGACCAGAGAGCAUGAGGAGAGGGCACUACCUGCUGCUGGAUUGCUCAUUGAAUAAAAAGAAAAAGGGCUGAGGCCUAGAGAGGACAUCUUGUGUUGAGCCUGAUGAUAUAAUUUGACCUCUUUGGGAUCUACUGAAACACCAGAUUUUAGCAACCUUCAAAAAUCUGAAAAGGCUUUUUCUUUUCUUUUUUUUUUUUUUUUUUUUUGGUAGUAAUUAAAAAAACCCUUACUCUUCAGAAGUGAAUGUAAGUCCUAACUGCUGAAAAAAAAUCAAAACAAAUACAUGGAAAUGUCUUUUUAGCUAUCAGAGUACUCAAUUCUGACUUUUUUCUACAGUUGUGACAAUAGCCAUUGGGACGGUCCUUGCUUUUUCCUAGAUACCGAUCACGGGUGGCAAUGAGGGUGCCUCGUGCAGGUUUUGAGGCAUUUGGAUGACUUGAUGCUUGGCCUUGUGAUGCCGCAUGUUUCAGGAGCAAGUAGAUAGCCUUCUCCUUGGUUUAGCCGUUUCAGAUUCAGAGCUUUUAGUGUUGCGCACAGUUGGCAGUGGCUUUAGUUUCUUUCUUGGGACUGUCAUAGUACUUUGCUCACACGGAAGUGAGAGCAUUGUCAGAGGAUUUUGCACUCUCUGCCAGGAGCUCAAGGAGGGGAGUAGCCAAAGUAUCCUGUCUGCUGCAAGAAUCUGAGAAGUGGUGGAAACCAUCACUUUCCUGCUUCCUUCUCAGUUGGCUUCAGGCCAGGUGGGGAGCUCCAUGUGUGGAUCUGUUGCCCCAUCACGGUUCCUGGGUGGUGUUUAUCCUUCGGUGCUGACCUGUCACCGUGCUGACCAGUUAGAUUGAGCCAGGAGCUGCACAACGUCAUUCUGUCCUAGAGACCUCUAUGAUUUUUAUCUUUUCAUUUAAUUUGACAGUCUUUUAGAAAAUACCACGUUUGUGAUGAGGUGAUGAGUUGUACAGAGCCAGUUAUCUGCUACUUUUUUUUCCUACCACCCAGCAGAAUUUCUGAAGCUGCAGGUGCCUGACGAAUUCACCUCCAAGCACUUAAAAAUGUGCUUUGAAAAUAAUGUCGCUAACGUAUUUCCUUGUGUGCUGGGAUGCUGCAUUAGACAACUCCUGCCCGCUCACACCGCGCUGUCGUGUGCUCAGAGUAUUUGCACGAGGAACACAGACAUGGGAGCAGCUUUGCUUGUGAAUAUAAGUGUGGGCUUCACACUUACCUGUGCCCCCGGGAGAACUCGUUCCUUGUGCUUUGUGUGCUAGAAACAUGAGAACUAUAUUUUUGAAGUAGUAUUUCUAAACAGCCUUACAAAGGAUUUUCUUUUUUAAAAAAGGUGCAAGAUUGAGUGCAUGUUUACUUGCCCCAGAUCAAAGGUUUUGAACACUAAGGUCACUAUCUGUUGAAUGGACCCUCCUCUUGGCUCUCUUCUGUCUUCAGGCAAUUGAAGCUGCUGCCCUCUUUCUCUGCCAGUUUUCCUGUAAGUACCUUUUUUUUUUUUUUUUUUUUUUUCCUCUCCAGGAGAACUAUAUAUACGAAAACUCUAAGCAAUGAAAUGUUCAAGCCAUAAAAUCAUGAGUGUGGGAAGACCCUCUUCACAAAUUUUAACAUAUUUGUAUGUAAACUGAUGUUUGUAUGAAAUAUUUUCAUGGUAGAAUGAAUAUUUAAAAAAAAGUUCCAGUAAGAUCUAAACCAAAUUUAAAAGGAUGUCUUUUUGUAAGAUGCAAGUGUAAUUGAUUACCAAUAAGUAGAUCAAUUUUUUUUAAAUGGAGGAUGCAGCAAAUUAUCUUUACAAUGACAAAUGGUCAUUUCUGCUAUUUGAGAAAGAAUAUUUAUGCAGCAUUACACAUAGCUGUUGUAAAUCAUUGCAAUAGCAAGGCCAGUCACGUCUUUAGGACAUACCUCUCAGCUUUUCCCUUGUGAUAUUGUCCAAACCCACCCAUCUCUACUUUCUGCAGAUUUCCUCCUAGAAAUUUUUUCCUACUGUAACUGUACUGAAUUUAACUAUUGAGCUAAGAUCCAGACUAAAAUCGUGUACUACUUACAGUUUCUGCUGGGCCUUCUCCUAUUUUAAUACUCUUUAGCCCAUAAUUUUUGGGUGUCUAUGUUCUGAAGAACUAAGUGCUAAAGAAUAAUCCUUGGGGUAAGCUUAUACAUGCAUUAACAGUUAACCCCAGAGUAUUUAACUUGUAUACAGUACUUGAUAGGUGUUUUAUGACAUUUGUACUAGAACUAUGAGCCUUACUGAACAUCUGUAGGUUUAUUCAUGACUUUUAAAAAAAUGGAUAACUCUAAGAAAGAUGUUUACAUGAAUGGUGAUUGCCCUUCCUUGAUGUUAUGAAUGAGGUUUUUAUAGUGUGUUUGGGUGUAUGUGCAAGGAAGCAAGAAAAAUGUUUCUGGAGAAAAAUAGACUUGACAAACAUUUGUAAUAAGUGAAUUUUAAAGAUUGCUUUAAUUGCGCUAUGAAGGCAAUGCAGAUAUUAAAAUAUUCAAUUGACCAGAACAA